AAUUGUGCGUCUAACAAUAGUGUCUAAUUGUGUAUGUAGUGUAGUGUAUUUUUUACGAAUGCGCUUCGAGCAUGAGCGAUGAUAAUUUUCCGAGCUCCAACGAGAGCGUAGAGUGAGACAUUCCAGGUGAAAUGUCAAUGGAACUUCGUCAGCUGUGCGCAGGAAGUCAUUGCGUCAACCUUGUAUUACAAAUCAAUAGGAAUUUGCGUCGCUCAUCCGCAAUCUGACUUGCGCCUCUUCGCGAGCUUUGCUGUGUUUUUCCCCCUAGGGGUGUAAUUACAUUAUUCACCGGGGAAUUUUUAUAUACGAAUCGAGAUUAAAGAAAAAUUAUUUAAAAAUGCUAGCAAAUAUGACCUGAACUGAGGAAAAAUUACAUGUGCAACAAUACGCAAGAUAAUAUGCAAAGAUAUCAUGUAUGACUUUAUUUAAUACAACAAACCUUUCGAAAGUUGAUAAAGUGGAUAGAGAGAGCGAAAGUGUUUCGUAUAAGAAUGUUAUUCUGGCAUAAUAAUAUUAAACUGGCAGCUUGAAUCGCUAGCUCUGGAACAACGAUUGGCAAUCUUCUAAUAUUGAUGGGAAAGGAAUUGGGUACGAUUAAUCCUAAACGAUGUGCGUUUAUAAUCGUGCAAUCGAAAGAUCGUAGCGGCAACGGACAAUCUUCUCAUCGAUGUGCAGCGAGUGCCUGACACAAAACGAGUUCAUCGUCAUCGCGUUGUUGUUGCUUCGUCGACGCUCUAGUUUCCCACACGGCGUUGCACACGGCUGUAGAGAGCGCUGCAAGAAGCUCGAAAAAAGGAAAUCGCCUGCGGCGAUUUAGUGCCGCCAAGUAAUCGCGACAUUGUGUGCGGUGUAAUUUUGUAUGCCGAAGCGCAAAGCGAAAGGAGAGUCGAUGAAACCUUGCGAUCUGCACAGUUGCGCGUAGUAAAGAGAGAGAGAGAAAGGGAGAGAGAAGACUGGAACACUAGGGACGCAGGAUCGUAACGAGAAAUAGGAGACGAUCGAUGCAAAGCCGGCUGAUUCCUCCGAUUGUAAUGAUUUAUCAGGUUGACCAAAAACAAAGUACAGGAUGGACGAAUACGACAAGAAAUUUGCAGAAAUGCAAAAAUACAUUCCAUUUUUGGAAGCGAUGAUUGAAAGAUUAGAAAACGUUAAAGAUAAGGAUAAUCGAGAAAUUCAAUUGCAAAAAAUGCAAAGUUUACACGGGAUUUUGUCAAAUAGCAGACGAAGGCUGAAAAUCGAGACAUUGCAGCGAUGCGAGGAUGUUUUGCAGAAAUUGCACAAUAGAGUAGAAAAGUUUCAGGGAAACACACCUGGCUUGCAAUUACCAACCAAACAAAAUGACGGUACCAUGCCGCAACCUUCGACUUCAUCGGAAAAAUCAGAUCAAUAUAAGAAAGCGGGACGACAAGACAUGGAUAAGGAUAUAGAAAUCGAAGAAACACCGGCGAGUCCGGAUACAAUCAGAUCCUCCAGUCCUGAUUGUCAAAUUUUGCCUGUAAUAAUUCCUACGGAGCGCAAUGCGGACUUGUCCUCGAAAAGACGACGACAAUUUCGUAAAAUACCAGUUAUAACGCUUACGGAUCGCACGAAAGAAAUAACUAUUUCGUCGCCGACAGAUUCUAAUCCAGAAGAUGUUUCUUUCUCCGAAUGGGAUAUGCUGGAAGAAUCAGAGAGGCAUACUGUUACAAAAAACAGAAGUGAUCGGCAAUCUUCGCAAGUUACUUCUGGUCAUGAUGUAGCAACUGCGGCAAAAUUGAUCAGUAAUAAUCUGCCGCAAAAAGUCAACGAUGGCAGAAACUACGCCUUGGAUUCGCAAGACAUACCAACCGUUCCGGUGCCUUCUCUCGGUGGAUCUAGGCGAUUAACAUCAGUCCUAGAGAAGAAUAAGCUACAUUUAGAUAUGAUAGCCGACAACAAUUCUUCUAGAUCGGAAUCACCCGUCAAUGUUCCCGAGGUGAGACUCAAGUCUCCUGAUCCUGAGAUACUAUUUGCGAAACCUACGAUUACAUCACCCAGACCAAAAGAUAAUCAUAACACAUCAUCGAAGUUGUCGUCGAAACCGUCGUCAAAACCGUCGUCGAUACCACUUCUGUUUUCGCCACCACCUCUCUCGAAUGAGCCCCCGCUAUCCAUGGAAGAUUUAGCGGAGUUGUUAAACGAUGAAAGCGACAACGAUAAAAGGAGUGAUAAGGCGAAUGACAAUGUUACGAAGCAAAAAAAAGAUUCAGACAAACAAGAAGUGGCCAAGGAUGGCAAGGUAUCGAAAAGUCCCCUGCUGUCGGAUAGAGAAAACGAGAAGCGAUCAGAGGAAGUGGACAAGCAUACAACUAAAAUCACUCCUAGAAAAUGCUUGCCGAAUGCAGCAGGACCCUCGAGUGUAAAAUCGAGCGAGAUUAAAGGACCGUCUCAUCAAUUGAACGAUCACCGACCGCAAACAUCUUUUUCAAAUUCCAAGUUUCAAGAGCCACGUUACGCAGAUAACUACGAGAGACAUCCACGACAACGCGACUCUCACGGUCAUGAAAGCGCCAAAGAUAAGUUAGCUGCUGGUUCCAACAUUCCUGAGGAAACAUCACCUCAAAUAUCAAUUCUUUAUCAUAAUAUUGCAAACAAAUCGGACGAAAGAAACGUUCCAUUAUAUCAGAGACGUUCAAACUUACCACCAGAAGGACGGAAGGAUACGGCUCCGUCUAGAUCGGAGAGCGAAUUUAUAAUAGAAGGUACUGACUACUACAACAUGCAUGUUAAUCAAAUGCAUUGGCAACCUACCCCGAUCACCACCAAUGACCAUGCAUUUGGGAACGCACAGUGGACAUCUCCUGCAUAUGGUGGAAUAGCCCAAUCAUCUUUACAAUCUUCACAGCAUCCUUAUCAACAUCCGAUGGAAUUACAAUUUAGGCCGAAUCAGUUUCCGACUGGUCCCAGACCAUUAAUAACUCCCGCCGUGCGAUCGCAAGAUAUGAAUCACGUAACCGCAAGACCAGAAAAUAUUCGGGAGAAUCUGCCUCCUUUAAUGUCUUCCCCGACGUUUCCGGUCGCUUCGCAAUAUAGAGGCUUUCCAAUGGCUCCAGGAUCUUAUGACCCAGCUUUCACUGUCGACAGAUCAACAGAAUAUCCUCACGUGAGACCAAAUUGGGAGGCGCCUGUUAACCGAACGGGUGAAAAUGUGAUUCCUUGUGGAAUUCAAGUCACGGAAAAUUCCCCAGGAACUUCAUAUCCGCGGCCUAGCACACCAUAUCCUUGGGGCACGCGGGACAGAUGUAAUAUAGGUCGUGGACGAGAUGGAUAUUAUGAAAAGAAUAGGAUAGAAGUGAGGCCUGGUUUCAAUCGUCGACCCGAUUGGCCGCGAGAUAAUUUUCCGAAUCGAGAUCCACGCGUUCGUACGGAGCACAAUACGACGAGCUUGAAUCAGACCAAAGAAACCGGCGGUUCCGCUAGAGAUCCACGUCUUGCCAAAGAUAAACACGUGAAUACAUCAACAAAAGCCAAAGAAGCAACUCAAAACGAAAAGGAUCCUAGGAAACGUCCGACGAUCAUAAAAACAAAAGGAAAAACAAAAUCGCAAAAGUCGGAACCUGAAAAAGAGAAAAUAGAUAAAUUGCCGAAAGACAGAAUGCAAUCACCGUUAGAGAGUUUAUAUGGCGUGAUUGAUACGAAGGCCAAUCAAAGUACCGGUUUGCAAAAAUUUAAGAUUCCCAAAAUUAAGCGAUCCGAACCACCGCAAUCGAGUUGUUCUAACAAGACAAAAGAAACUGAAAACAUCUCGUGUAGUUUGUCGCGUACAAAAAAUGAUAAUAAGAAAAGAAAUAAAAACUCACGUUUUGAGAGUACAAGCAAGGAUGAUGCAAGUGCCGAAGUAAGCAGCAGUAGCGAUACCAGUCACGUAAUGGUACAAUCCAAGCAAAAUAAUGCUGCAAAAGAGGGAGAAGUUGCCUCAUCUCUCGUCGAAGAAACUAAUAAGAACGAGGUGAAGAUUGGUGAAGCAGAUUCGGUGACGAGCAAUUCCAAAUUGAAUGAUGUGGAAAAAAGCAAGAAAAACGAAGCAGAAGCGGACGACUCGAAAUCUAAGGAAGAGGUAACACAGGAGUGGAUCGAGGCGCUUAUCAGGAAAUCAUUCGAAUCCGGUGAAGGAAAGAAAUUAUUUGAACAGGCUAAACUAAUACAGAAACUUGGAGAAGCGUUGGAGACGAAGAAGCUCAAAAAAAUCAAGAAGAUUAUCGAGUCUGAAUCUGAAAGCAACUCAGAUAAAGAUGAAACUAAGGUUGAAGCGAAGAAGACUUCAACUAAGAAAAAGAGACGAGUAAUCGUGUCGGAUAGUUCGGAUGAUGAGUGUCUUGCAGAAAGGCUUGGAGUUUUAACUACUAGUUUUGAUGCAAGCAAUGAGAAAACGGAAGAAUCAAAUUCUGCAACGGAAAAAAUUAAAAAUUUGGAAGAGAAAAAUGAAACAGCAGUAUCUGAUAAUGUAAAUAAAGAGUUAGUUAAAGAUGUUACUGUCGAUAAAAAUAAUAGCUUAUCAGGAAAUCAUGACGAAAAGCGUGACAGUCAAAUAGAUGACAAUAAUAAGAAUAAAAACGCACGAACAAAGAAGAAAAGUAAUAAAGAGAAUAAUCGGUUAAAAGAUAGUACUAAAAAGAUUGAUCUUCAAUCAGAAAAUAAUAAACAAGUAAAUAGUCGAUUAGAAAGUGAUGAUAAAGCGAAGAAACACGCUGAAGAUAAAGUCAAUCAAUCUAUAGAAAAAUCUAUAGAACCUAUAGAAUCUAUAGAAAAAUCCAAGGAUAAAAAUAACAUGGAACGUUCGUUGGAUCAAAAUAAAGAUCAAACAGAAUGCGCGGAAUCUGUUUCUGAUAUUGUGGAUGGUCAAACUGAUGAAAUUUCUAGUGAUAAACCAAAAGUAAAAACGAAGAGAAGAAAUUCUCUGGAAAUGUUGCAAGAAGAUAUCAGAGAAAUGUUUAUUAGCGAAGGCGUAGUGACAGCGACAGGUCAUCGUAUGUGUCGAUUUUUGAAGGAAGAUCAGUCAGUCGCGGGGAUAACUCCAGGCACACUGUCGACGAGUUCUAAGAAGGAUAAAGGGUCUGAAGCUGAAAAGAAAGUCGCGGAGUCGAGUAUCGAAGCGGUAGUGAACAAAUCGAAGAAAGUUUUAAGAUCUCGCAAUAUUAGAGAGUCGAGUAAAUCGAAAGUCAAGAAUAAGAAGGACAUUAAACGGACUCGUAAUUUACGUGCUAAAGAAUCUAUUCUUAGUUCUGAAAGUGAGGAGGAUCAACCGUUGGCUCUGCGGACUGAGAAAUUGAAUACCGGUGAUAAUAAAACGCCGAAUCAAGAAGAAGAUUGCAGCGAGGAAAUCAAUGAUUCGCUACGUAGAUCUAAACGCAUCUUGCGUAAAGAUGUUGUGAAGGAACCACGAGUGAUCGUAGAAAAGACGGAUUUCGCAAAGGUAGACUCAUCUAAAGUUAUGUUUGAUAGCUCAUCCGAUGAGAGCUUCGGAAUAGAUGUGUCUAAAUUAGCUGCAGCGGUAGAUGUCUCUCUUCAGCCAGAACAGUCCGAUCAGGAUUCAGAAGAAGAUACGACGGCGAGUUUAAGGUCACGACAAAUCGGCAAAAACAUGAAUAAACGAAAUUCGAAAUCGAGAAAGACGUCCUUGCUUAACGAUAACGAAGAUGGAAUGUCCUUUACGGAUGAAGAAAGCGUACUAUCGGAUACUUCCAUGUCGAGUAGCACAAUUGCUGGAAAAAGAACGAGCGGUGGCGCAGCUAGAACAUCUACUAGAGAAGAGCUGUUGAGCAAUAUCCUAGUCGGGCUGGUACCAGCAACAACAGAGAAGAAUACAUCGCUGACUGACAAGGGUAACGAAGCAGAUCUCGACGAGGAUACAACUGAACCAUCAAUCACUGAGACGAAUGCGAGAAAGACUUCGACAAAGAAGAAAAAAAAGAAAUCUAGCUGGCAGAUGGGAAUAGUAUCUAAGAAAAAGAGAAAGAAAACUGCUUCCUCUAAAACCGCUCAAACAACCGAGGAGACAAAUACUGAAAAUAAUGUUUCAAUGGAUACUGAAAGUAAUCGAUCAACAUCAGAAGAUAACAAAACGAUAGAUAAACCUUCCGAGCAUAAUCAUACUGUAAACGAUACAAAUGCAGAUUCUCUAGUAAAAUGUGAAAUUAAACCACCUAUAAAUACAGAUAAUUUUGAUAUAGAUUAUAACGAGUUAAACUUGGCAUUAACAGAGUCUUUGGAUGCAAUUAAGGAAGCACUUUCGAACGAUAUGCUUAUUUCCAUCGAGGAAACUAAGCCUACAAUAAAGAUGGAGACGGAAGAAGCAAGUACAACACAAGCUGUCAUCGCGCCACCGAAUGCUAACACGAAUACACUUUGCAAAGAAACAUCAAAGAUUGUUUACGAUGAGCAGAUCGAGGAGCUGUUUUGCAGGAUUGAGAUUAAGCAACUGAUGGAUUACAUAUGGACUGGCCAGGACAAGUAUAAAUGCCUGUUGUGCGUCUUCACGGGUAAAAACAUUGUUCACCAUUACAAAAUGAAUCAUCUUGGACGAGAAGUGCUAAUUGCGCGUCUUAGCCCGACGAAUGCUGAAACCGCGAUUUUAGAGAGUAGCGCGACCGUAGCAUCCGCAAUAGAAACAACGAAUCAGGUAUGCAAGUUCCGUUGCAGAUUCUGUUACUAUGUCACAGAAGGUGCGGCGGACGUCGCGCUUGAGGCCUUUUACGAGCAUUGUACCACGCACACAGGCGAAUACAGAUUCCAGUGCAAUAGUUGUUCUUAUCAAGCGGUGGCUAAAGCGUCUAUGAGAACACAUUAUUAUAAAAUGUGUCGUAAGCACAAUGACACAUUCAACGAGGCUGCAACCGAAGAUGAAGUGCCGCGGGAAGGCGUCAUCUACGGCUAUUUAUGUCGCGGUUGCAAUUACGUCCAACUAAAGCGACAGAAUGUGGAAGCCCACGUUAUAUUUUGGCAUCGAGAUACUAAGAUGAAUAUCGAGAUCUUGAAGAUUAAUAUGUCUGCGAGCGUCGAGAAUGUAGCGAGUAACAACGAUGAGAUAUCGCGAGAACCAACUUCCGUUAAUGUGGAAGAAUCUUUCGUCGUAGAAACGAAGCCGAAAAUUUCUGAACUCGAAGACGUGGAACACAAAGAUGUGCUAGAGAAUGUUGUAAGGGAAGUAUCUCAAAACGACAAUGAUAAUAUUGAAGAAUAUAUUCUACAUGAGCCAAAAACGGAAGAAGCAAUUGACAUCAAGGAUGAAGAAGUGGGAGAAAGGUCAGGAGUGUCCCAAGAAGAACCAGAAGGGCCGGUAAGCACCGGUAAUCUAAGCGUAUUUGUUUGCCCGCCUGAAUUGGAAAAUAAAGAAGAUGAAAUACAGCGGGAACGGCAGAAGAUGAUGCAGGAAAUUGCCCAUAAUAUCGGUAUUUUAAACAACCAUUCUAAACCAGGUUUGUCUAUAAUAGACAAACUACAGGACAAGAUGCGUACGGACGCGGUCGUUAGUCCUGUUCCCGAAUGCGAUUCCUCAGUGGCGGACGUUCCGGAGACAAGAGAAAAUUCUUCAUUGCUUCUUACGAAUUCUACCGUAGAAUCUGUAAAGCCCGAGGACAAUAUAAUUAUUAAGGAGAAUGUAUUGAGUGAACCGAAUAGACACGAAGAUCCUUCUUCUUCCACGGAAGAACAGCCAGUUACUGAUAAACCAGAGACGACGAGCGACAAGACAGAUGGAAUAAAGAUUCGAGAUCCUCUCGCAAUCAUGGAUCCGUGCAAGAAGGGCGCUGAGAGUGAUGGCGAAAUCAGUGACAACGAGCGUUCGGCGCCGAUCUUUGAAUCGGAUUCCAGUAGCGAACAAUCAGAUUCCGAGCUACCGACUGACGUCAACACGAUCCUGAAAGAGACAUCGAGUAUGAACGCGUCGUCGCGGGAUCCGAUGCUGACAACAAUUCAGAGACUGGCCGCACAGCUUCAGAAUGUCAAACCACUAGAACCGGUACCCGAACCGAUACUCGACAUUAAAGUAGAGAUUAAGAGCGAGCCUAUGUCAUCGAUUCCGAACCCACCGGAUGUCGUACCGCUCGCAACUGCCAAACGUUUAUUGACGAAAGAAUCAAAUGAGCAUUUGUCGAAGAAAGAAACAUCGAUGCUGUGCGGUGAUGGUAGUCCACCCAAGAAUUUCAUCAGGUUCAGACGACUGAGCGGUGACAUGCUAUCUAUGCCGGUACAGUCGGAUAAUCAAGAGGACACACGAGCUUCCAGGACAGAUGGAACUCAAUCAGAUAGCGCGAUAGAUGCGUCGCAGGCUAACACGGAGGAAGAGUGUUCGUUUUUGAAGAUUGAAAACGUAAUUAGCCUCGCACCCAGAUCCGACAAUACUGGAAGUGAAAAUCUUAUUAUAAAUGACAUCAGAAAAGCAGUGGAGAUAUCUCCAAAAAGUAAAGGGAUACCUACUAUCCUAAGGAAAUCCAAUCAACCUAUAAUAUUAAAGAAGUUGAACAUUAUAUCGCAAUCUCUAGCAAAAGCUCAGAGUAUUCAACCGACUACAUCGGAACAUGUGACGUUGUUUCCAGUCAAGAGUCCAUCAAUGUCCUCGACAAAAUUCGUCAGCACUCACCGUCCAGCCACAAAUUUUGUGCCCAUUGCCCCAAAGGUGCGACAAGUAACUGUCUCAUCAAAUUCGCCAAAUUUAAAGAUACUGAAGGUAGUGCGAACACCUAUGCCGCUAAUCACAAUGUCUAAGGAUGUGCCGAUCUCCUCCUCUACUCCAACGAAAGUAAAAUCCGUGGAAGCAUACGCGGCGAUGCUGACAGAAACAAAACUAGUUCAUUUCUUCAAGUGUAUGGGUCGCGAUUGUCAUUACACAACCGACUCCAUGUCACUAUAUUCUCAGCAUUAUCAGCAACACUGCAAUGAGACCAGCAAGAAUAACAACAGCGUACAACCAUAUGAUUACGAAAAGUGCGCUUAUUGUUACACGUCUCUAAACAGUUGGACUAGUAUGCAAACUCACUUAUGGGAAAAACAUGGUGCGUGUCGAUAUCAAUGCGUUUAUUGCUUUUAUCGGGCCAUUACACCAUCCUACGUACAACAACAUCAAAUGACUUGCCAUCCCGGCAGUAGAUCUUAUUUUCUAUUAGGUAAAAUGCUUAAACCGGUCCAAAAGCAGGAAGAUAUUAAUCGUCAAGAUUCUGUAAAACCAUUUGUAUGCAAGGAUUGCAGAAAGAACUUUUAUAUACCUGAAACAUUCGUUAGGCAUUUGAAGGAACAUCAAUGCUCUCACUUCACAUGUCAUUUGUGCAGUUCUGUACACGUGACGAUAAAAUCAUUUAUGUCUCACUACAAGUUGCACGGGUACUCCAAGUUUCAAUGUGUAUAUUGUUUACAUGGUUCUGAGAUCUUAAACGAGAUGCACCAACAUUUGAGCGCUUUACAUUAUAAUCGACUGCCACAAACUCUUGAGCGCACGUUUCCUCCAACGGUAGACUGCAAUGCGGACGUUGUACCACAUCUCAUUGUGCGAACUUUUGACGAGCCUAUAAGAGUUGACGAAGAAAAUAUCAAAUUGAAUGUUAACGAUCCAAAAAAGAAUAUUUUGACAAAAGUUGCAAUACAUGAAAAGACUGCUACAACUUCAUUAAAUGUAGAAGUUGCUUCGAAUCCGGAACAAUCUGAUGCACCAAACAAUCUUACGGUGCCCAGUUUUAUCAAAGAAAUCAGUUGCAGUAUGAGCAACGUGGAAACUAAUGCCAAUGUUUUCAAUGCUUCAGAAAAACUAUCUAUAGAUGCGUCUUCUGCUGGUAUCACUGAAAAUGUGAGUAAAAAAAUUGUUGAGAAACAAUCUGUACAAAAUAAAUCCUUCCUACAAGGAUCAGAGAAGGGUAAGUUAAACCAGAUUGUUCAGGAAGAGAAGCGACUGUCGUGCAUAAAUGACUCUGGUACACGGGAUCCAUCAGAAUUGUCGAGUGAAUUCAAUUGCAGCGACGAAUUUGUCAACACCAAUCUUCUAGAUAAUCCGGAAUUUUUGAAGACUCUCGCCGUUAAUUCUAGCAAUCCAUCAAUCUCUAAUGAUGAAGCGACAGUAUCCGCGGAUAAAACGGAAGACAGUGACAUUGAGAUCUUGGAGAAUAUUGGCGAGAAGAAAAUUGUAGAGAAGAAAAACAUUGAACAGGAUGCAAAUCAUUUAACGGCGGAUUCAAAAUCUUCCAUUGAACUGAAGAUUGAGAAAAAAGAGCAGUUUGCAGUAUGCGAUACUAGUGAGAAUAAAAGUACAUUUGUAAAGGCAUCUACGAGUACAUGUACAGACGUACAAUCAGAAAAACCUUUAACUUUAGAUGACAUCAAAGACACUGGCCGUGCUGGACUAGAACUGUACAAAUGUGGCUAUCUGGAAUGCAGUUUCGCAGCGUCAAAUGCAAAUUUAUUGAAGGCGCACAUUAAAAAGUGUAAUUUUGGAGAACCUGUUAGAAAUUUGUUUUGCCCACAUUGUAAAAAACGUUUCAUUAGAAUUGGUUUUCUUCUGGAACACAUAAAGGUUCAUGGAUUGAAGCGUUUUGGAUGUUCGCUAUGUAAAAUUAGAUAUGCAGUCGCGUCUCAAGCUACAGCACAUAUGAAGACAAAACAUAAACAUCUCGGUACCAAAUUAGUUCCUGCAGAUCCAACAAAUCCAUCGGUCGAAGGUCUCUUUAUCGUGCACGCAAUUCCUUUCGGAUCCGUUGAACGGAAAAGGAAAAAACGUAAAGGUGCAAAAUCCGGAGUGGAGCAAGAGACUGAAAAGAUUACGGAUAUCGAAAAGUUAUCGUUUAGUCCUGAUGAAUUGGAGCAAUUGCCGCGUCAGGCGAUUUACAAUCGGGAAGUCCAGUGCGCUGUGUGUCCUUACACGACGAAAGUUCGAACAAACAUUAUACGACAUCUGCAACUGCACGCGAAAGACCAAACCGUGCCCGAAAGCGGACCUGUCAAUCCCGUUCCUUGUUUAGAUAAGAAAGAGAAGAUGUUCGAUAAGAUGGUGAACCUGGCGAGCAGCUCGCAUCAAAACGGGCGAAUGGGUGGAAAGUCGAAAGAAACUAUCAAAGAAAACAAAGAAGACGAUAACAUACCAAAGUUUGUACCGGAACAUAAAAGAUACGUGUGCAGCGUGGCCGAGUGUAAUUAUCUAACGGUGGAUGAAGCGAUGCUGAGAUACCACUUGAAAGCUCUGCAUUCAGAAGAACCAUAUUUCCGUUGUCCGCAUUGUCCUUCACCACCACCGGGUCAAGAGAGUCAAAAUAUAGCAAUCGACAAAAUGGGCGUUCAUUUAAAAAUGCAUGAUACAAGACUCUACAAGUGUUCCCAUUGUAAUCACCAUCAUUAUCACAGUCUCAAAAUAUCAUCUAGGCACGUUGUAGAGCGGCAUCUUACUGAUAAACAUCCGGAAAAGAGACCGUUCGUCAAAGUAGUUAGAGAAAUCGAGAAUACAGAGAACGUUCAACAGCCAAUUAACGAAGAAACAGAGGAAGAAGUACCCGAUCCGGACGGUAAUCAUUGGAAGUGCAAUCUCUGUGAUUUCAAGUGUGUUUACAAAGCCGAUAUAACCGCUCACGCAGAUACUAUUCAUGGUGAGAGCGGUCAGUACAAGUGUGCUUUGUGCUCAUUCAAGACAAACGGAAAAAUAAUUCUCGAACAACAUAUAAGCAGCAAGCACGCGUACGAUUCUAAUGCCGAUUAUACUGUAAUCUAUCAGAGAAUAAAAGCAGUUAAUAAACGUAACGUGGAAGCUACGGAGCAAGGGGGGCAGGAUGAGCCCUUUGACACGACGCCACUUUGGACAAGAAACAUGCCACGAAUUCGACAUAUUCGCGGUAUUCUUUUGGAAGAGGAGAUAGAAGACCCGGUGAUGAGCGAGGGAUCAUCGUCCACAUCUUCAAGGGUAUCUUUGGGUAAACGCAAAAGCGACACAGAAAUCUCAACGAAGCCAACUAAGAUGAGAUCAAAGUCAGGCGAGGAAAACAAUAAACAGUUUAAAGAGAAGUCGAAGAGAUCGCUCUCGUGCGACAAACUUUCCGAAGAAACGAAAAGCGACGGAAUUAAAAAGCAGAACGAGCAGAGCAAAGAUGCAGCACGUGUUAACAAAUCGUUCAGUGACUCUAAAACGAACGCGGUAGAAUUGAACGACUCGGAUGUAGGAAGAUUUGGGCCUUAUGGCAAACCGGACGGCAACUUAUACAUCUGUACAUUGUGUAAUCAUUUCAAAACCAAGUAUAAACACGAUAUGAGAGACCAUCUUUAUAGGGAGUUGAAGUAUGCGAGGUGGCAUUGUAAAGCUUGCGGUUUUUUAUCGGUGAAUCGUAAUGCGUUGAUACAACAUUUUGGAAAACACCAUAAUGGAGGAUCUCCGGACCACGAACCACUUUCCCCGGACAAUGCGAUUGAGGAUUGGGUAAUGACUUUACUGAAGAAGCAGACGGAUAUGAUUAAGGCAUCUAAAAAUGUCAAUGUCACCUACAAAAGUGUCGCGAUAUCCGGUAAUACAUCUACUGAAAGUCAAGAAGUUGAUAACGCAAUUUCUCCACAAAAAACGGACAAACGAACCGUAAAUCUCGCGCCUACAAUAUCUAAUCUGCAGAGUGACAUCCUUCGAGAUACUAACAGGAACAGUAUAGACACCGACGAUGGUGACAGCAGAGACAAUGACGAUCUUGUAAUCGAUAUGAAAGAAGACGAUGCACUCGAGAGUAAAAAUAACGAAAAUAAGCCCAAAAAUAAUAAACUUUGCGAGAAGAACGAAAAGGUGCCGGAAAAGCCAUUUGUCUGUAAGCACUGUCAAAUGGUUUUCAAUGGCCCGCGUGGCUUAAAGCUGCACAUUCAAUAUUCGCAUUUGAAACGACUCGGCUUUCUGUGUCCUUACUGCGACCGCAGUACUAACUCGGAAACGAUGAUGCGUCAACAUAUUCGCUCGAAACAUCCAAAUGAUCCGGAGAAGAUCAUACACAAUCCAUCAGCGUGGGGAAGCACAAAGUUGACUAACGAGUUCUGGGAGAAAGAAUAUGGUCUCGUUUGUUCGCUAAAACCUAAAAAGCGAAAAUUGAACGCAGAAGACGCCGGCGACGCCACUGCUGGCAAUCGCACAGAUAUGCGAGAGAAGUGCGAGGUGUGCGGCUUCAUGGCUAUAAAUUAUACCGGCCUGAAAUCGCACAUGAGAUCGCACGCCUCUCCCAAGCACAAUCUCAAGUGUUCAUACUGCACUUACAGUUGCUCCUUCAAGGCGGAAUUGCUAGAACAUUGGGAAUUUAAUCAUCCCACGAUGCAGUUAAAAUAUCAGGAAUUAUCGUCAACGGCCGGAUCUUCAUGCAGUGAGGCAAGUAAACCGUCGACGUCUAAGAAACAGGAAAUCGAUACUUGUGACUUAGACGAUAUAGAAGAGGAAGAGGACGAGGAGGAAGAAGACGAAGACGAAUCUGCGAUAUCUGUGGGCAAACCAACGCCGACGAUGAUCUACAGUUGCUUCUAUUGCAUCUUUCGCAGCAACUCGUUGCCAUCCGUUAAACGACAUUGGAGCCUCGUGCACAAGGAAUCGAAGGGUCCGGAAACCGCCUUUAGUGCAAAAAUCAAUCUACCAUUUAAAUACAAGGAGAUACCUCUGUCGAAACCUUUGUCUUCACCCAAGGAUUACUCGAAUAAGAAUGUUGUCAAAACGUCACCUCGCGAUUUCGUAGAGCGGUCGGAGAAGCCAUCAUCGAUUAUGGUUCAACGGCGUGGAUGGGUCUGUCAGUGGUGCGACGACGGUGAAUUUUACGAGACUGACACCGAUAGGAUAACGCAUCACAACAUGUUUCACUCUCAUUUGCCGCAGAAAUGGCAGAAGCAGUGGCAACAACAGGAACAGGAAGUUCAGUCGAAAGGCACGCCCAUACGGUUCUCUGCGUAUAGUGCUACGAAAUAUUCAAGUCCCUCAGCCGAGGAUAUUCCCAAAUUGAAUUCGGUUAUGAAGAACUUGACGAUGAAUCAGGCCAGGCGGAAUCUGGACUUUGGUGACGCCGCGAUGAAGAGCAACCAGAGCCAUACUCCCGGCAUUUCGAUACUUAAAGGUAGCAGUGUUGGCGGUAGUCGUCAGGCUGUCGCGAGAAAAUCUACGACUAGAUCGAUCGUGGCCUCAUAUGCAAGACCAGGUCCGCGCGUGUUUAAGGCUGUCGCUCGCAAAUCCACGAAUCCGUUGCCAAGAUAUCCGUCGAGCACUUUUAUGUCAUAUCGGUCAAUACCACGUAGUAUAGAGACGGAAUUAGAAGCGGAAGAGAAGGAAAUUGAAUCGUCCUCUCAUUACGGAAGACCAAGUAGCCCGAUUAAUCUAGCCGAAUUGAACACGUACAUGGUAGUCGGAGGUCACAGUAUGAGAUUAACUUGCUCCACUCUGUCUACAUUGAUUAAUAUCAAUCCGAAAGUAGUAUUAAAGGAUAUCAGGAAAGAUUCUAGAUACGCCGCGAUCUUUUCCAACUCCGACUAAUAUUAUAAUAAUUUUUUUUUCAUACAAUACAGGUAAGUAGAUCAACACACAAUUUCGUAUCAUAUGGAGAUUCAAGAUUUUCCGUCAUUAAGGCGAUUGAAAUUGCGAAUCAUCGCGAAAACUGGUAUGUGUGAUUGUAACUACAAUAUAAAACUUCAAUUACCAUUUUUACACGCGGUGAAACUUACCAUUAGCAGAAACGAAAAACAAUGUCGUUUGUAUUUUUUUUUAUUCUUGAUCUUUUCGUUUCAUAGAAUGUUACAUGUAUAUAAUGCAAGUGACGAUAUACGAAUAAUAAACAUUUAGAUAUUAAGGAAAAAAAUAUAAACGAUUAGUACAAUUAAAAAGUUUAGAAUAUUUUAGUUUAAAAUAUGUCUUUUCUCGCGAGAGUAUAUGUUUGAUGUAAUACUUUUUAUAUGAUACGAAAAAUAUGGGGUUGUCUGUUGAAAUCGAAUAAUCGAAUAAUUGUUAAACCUAUUACAUCACAAACUUAAGUCAUUAUUAUAAAAGUCAAAUGAAAAACUAUUUUUAAUAUCUUUCCUAAAAUUAUAUGUGAGCUGUUUGUAUCAUUCAACAUUGUAUUUAUUCAAAAUAGCAACAUCUUUAAUACGAAACAAGGUAAGAAAAAA